GCUUCGACGCGGCCAUCCUGGUCCUAGUGCGCACGAUGCGCUAGCAGCGAAAAAACGGAAAAACGAACGAGCUUCCAAAACGCUAAGCCACAUGGGGGAAUUGGCCAACCAGAGCAGCUCCUCCAGGCAAGCACUGACGCAAGUUUUUUUGCUGCACCGUUUCCCCUCGAUGCAUUGAGCCGCACCCAACGAGACCACGCCAUUGGACUGUUUUUUGGGCUUUAGGAUAGCCUCACAUACACUCGAUACACACCAAGUCAAAAGACCACCAAGAAACAUGGCCUCAACAGCAACAAUCCCCCGCUUUCUCCUCCCCCAACGAGGCCUAAUCUGGAGACGCCUCUCCCCCGCAAACACCACCUCCCCCGUCGUCCUCGUCCGCUUCUCCUCCACAUCCCAAUCCAAAGACGGCAAACCCCUCGUCCUCGAAAAGCCCGAACGCUUCGUCCCCCCAUCACAUGGCUCCCGUCUCCCCGGCUCCCGCCGCUCAACCCUCGGCGACGGCCCCCGCCACUACGGCGGUGACCUCUCCGAGUCCGAACUAAAAGCCCAAGCCAAAAAGGACUACCCCAUGACCCCUCCCCCCGAGGGCACCUGGGCGCAUUGGUUCUUUUCCCAAAAAUGGGUUCACAUCACCGUCACCCUUGGCACCCUUACAGCCCUCAGCAUAUGGACCUUCACCCUGAACUACAAGCACAACACUCCCUUCGGCGACAUGCUCCCUCCCAUGUCCGACUUCUUCUGGCACCCCAUCUCGUCCACCCGCGCCCUCGUCGAAGUCAUCCGCCUCAACGAAGCUCACAACACUGCCCGCAUCCAAGAAAAGAGAAGAAGACUCGUCGAGGACGUCGCCAAAAGGACAGCGUAUAGAAGAGCGCACGGCUUGCCAGAGGAGUACGGCAUGUUUGGACUCAAGAAGGCCACCAUUGACCCAGACCAGGUGUUUGGCACAGAGGGUGGUGAGAAGAAGGAGCAGCAAGGGACAACGGUGGUGGACGAUGCCUCGCCUAUCGCUCCGGAACCAAAGCGAUUGACGGACGAGCAGCAAAAGGAGAUGGUGGGUGAGCUGAAGAAGAAGUGGCUGGGUAUCUUUUGAUAUUCCUCCUUCUCAUAGAGUUUGCCACAUGACAUGUGAACGUAAAAUGUAAAAUUAUGUACAAACAACGUCCACAACGGCCGAAAGGCGUAAAUAAAUCUAUACCCCUUUCUUUCUUGACCCUCAGAAUCCUCCCUUGAC